CAUUUGUGCUCGGUGGAGAACUUGGCUGCUGUUGGUUGUGACAGAGGACAAACAGAGAGCAAGGUGUCCAACAUGUCUGUGGAUUGGGUCGGAUAUGGAUAUGCAGCCCUGAUCGCAACCGGGGGAGCCAUUGGUUUUGUUAAAGCAGGCAGUACCCCCUCCCUUGCUGCGGGUCUUAUCUUCGGUGGCCUCGCUGGUUUGGGCGCCUACCAGAUCUCCAAUGACCCUAAGAAUAUUUGGGUGUCCCUCGCUACAUCCGGAGCUCUGGCUGGCGUCAUGGGAAAGAGGUUCUAUGGGUCCAGGAAGUUCAUGCCAGCUGGCUUGAUUGCUGGAGCAAGUCUUCUGAUGAUGGGAAAGCUCAGUAUGACGCUGCUCCAGAAACCGCAGGAGUCCUGAUGGAGUCGAGGUUCUGAUGUGCCCCCAUCUUCUACUUCAGGAGCUUCUUGUCUUUAUUUGUCAUUUACUGUUAAUGUUAUUUUAUAAAGGAUGAAAUAUAAUACCUUGUUUAUAUAUUACAAA